UCUCUCUCUUGAAAUUCCCACUCUCUCUCUACGAAACUUCCUCGAAGCUCACUCAUGGCUCUUCCCAAAUUCCCAUUUAACCUCCCCCGCUUCCUUUCUCUUUCCCCGCACACUCGCCUUCUUUCUUCUCAGCAUUUCCCUUGCCCUUUCCGCAACAACAAGGAAGAAAUCAAUUCUUCUGCUGCUUUACCGUUCCAGCCACCAUGAAACUGGCCAAGAUCGUCCCGCGAAAGCUGCUGAACAAGUACAAAAGAUCCCAGUCUCGAUCCGUUUCGAGAUCCGAUGACCUGCUGAACUCCUUCAGUUCAUCCGGCACCUCGUCGUCUUCCGAUUCCUCCUCCUCCACUUCCUCUUUAUCCAACUCGAAAUCCGUCAAGAAAAAGCUCAGGACCAGCAAAGGCUCCCCCCCAACGCCGACGAGCGUACUCCCGCCGACGCUGUCGAGCGAAAUCACCGCCGACGAGUGGUCGGAGAUUUCGGGCGGCGUUUACGAAGACGUGAAGGAGGCGUUCAAGAUGAUUGACAAGGACGGGGACGGGAAAAUCACUCGGGAGGAGCUCGAGGCCCUGUUGAGCCGGGUGGGAGCCGAGCCGCCCAGCGCGGAGGAGCUGAACAUGUUGUUGAGUGCAGUCGAUAGGGAUGGAAAUGGGUGUAUUAGUUUGGAGGAGUUUGAAGCGAUCGGCUCGGCUUUUGGGCCGCCGUCUUGCGACUCCGAGAUGAGGGACGCCUUUGACUUCUUCGACACCGACCACGACGGGAGGAUUACCGCCGAGGAGUUGUACAACGUUUUUAGAGUGAUUGGGGACGGGCAGUGCACGUUAGAUGAGUGCCAGCGCAUGAUAAGCGGAGUAGAUAAAAAUGGGGUUGGGUUCGUCUGCUUCGAGGACUUUUCCCGAAUGAUGAUGCAGCUCCAUAGAUGACUGGUUAAUUUGUUUCUUUUUUUUUUAUGGAAAAGAAUAAAUAAUCAAUCGUGAUCUUAAUUCUGGUCCUGGUUUUCGGGGAAGGAAGAAAAUGUCCAAAGUCUGCUGUAAUUCGAUCAUCUUUCUCUCUCCUUUUACUAAUUUUCUUCGAAUUUUCCGUGUAUUAAUCGGGAUAAAUAGGUGGGUGUAUCUCUUUUUUUUUUUUUUAAUGUUUUUGUUAAUUCAAUCAAGGGGUUGGGAUUACUGAUUAGGGAUUUAGAUCCGAGGAGGGCCAGAAAACCAUUGAGCAAUUGGACGGCUGGGAUUGAUCUCUCUUUCUCGAAGUAGUUGUUUCAACUUUCAUGUUGCGGUAUAUAAAAAGAAAAUUGAGCAAAUGAAAAAGGUUUAAUCUUCCAAUA